AUCCCCACUGUGGUGGUUUCCUUACCAAUGCCUCAGGCUCGUUCUCCACUCCCUGGCACCCUAAAAACUAUCCUCCCAAUGUGGACUGUACCUGGGAAAUCCAAGUCAAUCUCGAGGCUCAUAUCAAGCUCACAUUUGGAACACUGAGGAUGGAACACUUUGCCAGCUGCCCGUAUGACUUUGUUGAAAUCUUUGAUGGAUUACCAAGGACUUCCCUCUCCCUGGGGAAGUUCUGUUCUGGGUCUCCUUCAGGAUUCACUUCCUCUUCAAGCAGAAUGACUGUGGUGUUCCACAGUGACUCCAUUAUCACCAACACGGGCUUUCAUGCGGUCUACGAGUCUAUCCCUUGGGAUGAAAAUAAUGUUGGUUCCAUGGAUUAUACAUCAGCAGCAGCCUCAGAGGAUGAUUCGAUAUCAGCAGACUCGGUAGAUGUUACAACAUCAGCACCCUCAGCGGAUUAUACGUAUUUGGUGGAUUAUCCAACAUCAGAGAAACAUGAUAUUGUCUCUGGCAUCAUAACUCUACUGCUGGGAAUGUAUCAAAAAUACUCAGAAAUCAUGGUUCUCAUUUCCUAA